AUGGAUCCUAACACAAAAGCUAUUCUUUGUUUCGGUUUGUUUUUCCUCUAUUUAAGUUUCCCUAAUAUUUCCCUCGCUGAUUCGGACACAAAAGAUGAAACAGCAUUUACGUACGAGCAAAAUCCAGAUAAAGGACCAGAGGGAUGGAGCAAAGUGAAUCCUCAUUGGAAAGUUUGUAACACCGGAAAAUUUCAAUCUCCGAUCGAUCUCACUAACCAAAGAGUUAGUCUUAUUCGUGAUCAAGCAUGGAGCAGAGACUACAAACCAGCUCCGGCUGUAAUUAUGAACCGAGGACAUGACAUUAUGGUAUCGUGGAAAGGAGAUGCUGGGAAAAUAACAAUACGUGGUACAGAGUUUAAAUUGGUGCAGUGCCAUUGGCAUUCACCGUCUGAGCAUACCGUUAACGGAACUCGGUAUGACAUGGAGCUACACAUGGUUCACACGAGUGCUCGGGGCCAAACUGCAGUGAUUGGAGUUCUUUAUAGAUUGGGCAAACCUAAUGAAUUCCUCACAAGGCUACUAAAUGGAAUAAAAACAGUGGAGAAAGAAGAGAAGAGUCUAGGGAUUGUGGAUCCAAGAAGUAUUAGAUUUCAAACCAAAAAAUUCUAUAGAUACAUUGGCUCUCUCACUGUUCCUCCCUGCACUGAAGGUGUGAUUUGGACCAUCGUCAAAAAGGUGAACACAAUAUCGCAAGAGCAAAUUGCAGCUCUAAGGAACGCCGUGGACGAUGGUUAUGAGACCAAUUCAAGACCGGUUCAAGACCCACAUGGAAGAUCGAUUUGGUUCUACGAUCCAAAUGUUGUUUGA